ACGACUACAACUCCCAGAAGGCAGCGCAGCCGAAGCAGCGGGCGCUUCAUUUCCAGGGUGGACCCUGGCAGUCGGGCCCAAGGGGGUUUGCUCUGUGGGAACCGCAGUCGGAGCGGUUGGCUCUGCUCAUUUUUGUCUCCUCCUGCGCCGGGCAGCCAUGAAGGACUCGCUGGUGCUGCUUAGCCGUAUCCUGGCGCACCCGGACUCCCGCUGCUGGUUCCUGGCCUGGAACCCCGCGGGAACCUUGCUGGCCUCGUGCGGUGGCGACCGCAGCGUCCGCAUCUGGGGCAGGGAGGGUGACAGCUGGAUCUGCAAAUCUGUCCUUUGUGAAGGCCACCAGCGCACCGUGCGGAAGGUGGCCUGGUCUCCAUGUGGAAAUUACCUGGCCUCGGCCAGCUUUGAUGCCACCACUUGCAUUUGGAAGAAGAGUGAGGAUGACUUUGAGUGUGUAACCACUCUGGAGGGCCAUGAAAAUGAGGUCAAAUCAGUGGCCUGGGCUCCGUCUGGCAACCUCCUUGCCACCUGCAGCCGAGACAAGAGUGUGUGGGUCUGGGAAGUUGAUGAAGAGGACGAGUAUGAGUGUGUCAGUGUCCUCAACUCCCACACACAGGAUGUCAAGCAUGUGGUUUGGCACCCGAGCCAGGAGCUGCUGGCCUCCGCCAGCUACGACGACACAGUGAAGCUCUACCGGGAGGAAGAGGAUGACUGGGUGUGCUGCGCCACCCUCGAAGGCCACGAGUCCACCGUGUGGAGCUUGGCCUUUGACCCCAGUGGCCAGCGCCUGGCGUCCUGCAGUGACGACCGCACCGUGCGCAUCUGGCGCCAGUAUCUUCCAGGCAACGAGCAAGGGGUUGCAUGCAGCGGCUCCGAGGCCAGCUGGAAGUGUGUCUGCACCUUGUCAGGCUUCCACUCCAGGACCAUUUAUGACGUCGCUUGGUGUCAGCUGACAGGGGCCCUGGCUACCGCCUGUGGGGAUGAUGCCAUCCGAGUAUUUGAGGAGGAUCCCGGCUCAGACCCACAGCAGCCCACCUUCUCGCUGACAGCCCACGUGCCUCAGGCCCACUCCCAGGAUGUCAACUGCGUGGCCUGGAACCCCAAGGAACGGGGGCUUCUGGCCUCCUGCAGUGACGAUGGAGAGUUGGCCUUCUGGAAGUAUCAGCCGUCUGAAGGCAUCUGAGCCACUUUGGCUUUGGACAGAAUCGUGCUUCCCCAGAAAAUGUCCUCGGACUUCCCCAGCCCCCGAGAGGACCAGGAGGAGCAUCCUUGACCUUCCUUUAUUUUGCCCUGCUGCUUUCAGACUUGGGGAGAGGCUCAGGGCCACCGGACCACUCACUCUUCCCCCUCCUUUGACACGGAGCCCCUGGUAAAGAGCUGCAGAAUAUCUGUGCCUUGUACUUAAGGCAGAUUCUGCUUUAGGGCAGUGUUCAAUUUGAGAGCAGAGGUUAAGUAUACUAUUUAUAAUCAUCAUAUCUUUAUGUAGGAGGGAUGUCGCUCAGCCCUUUCUGAGACUAUAAGCUUUAUACAAAUAAUCUGAGUCCCAAGUCCUAUUUUAUGUUAUAGGGACAUUCACAAUUUAAAAGAAUUUCAUGGUGAGUCCUUCUCUGAAGUAGGCCCUGUCUUCUCAGUUUCUGGGUAAAUCCUUGCAUUUAAGACAUGCAAUCAGUACUGAAAUUAAUUCCUUAAUGUAGGUUUGUUAGAAUAAGAGACCCCUCCGCUUUCCCUUAGAAACCCUUGCAUGCCCUCUGUGCCAGGUGCUGUGAUGGCAGUGGGGGAGUGCUGAGGAAGAAAUGGAGAGAACGGGAACCCUAGCAGCGAGUUACUGCUGGCCACAGGUCAUACAUUCAUAGUGCGGGUGAAAAUUGGG